AUGCGUGCACUGGUGGCGGGGGAGCUCGGACACAACGCCGCCCUCAUCGCCGUGGGCCUCGGCUUCAUCUGGCUCUACGUGAGGCAUUGCUACGAUCCGGACCGAAUGGACGACACGAUGCUGUUCAGCCAGCCGACCGAGGCGGCACAGACGGCGGAUGGCAUGGAAGAGGAGGAUGCGAACGCCGAGGUGGAGCCCGACCUCAUCGUCGUGUUCCACCACCCCGGCCACCCCUACGACGAUGCGAACAGGGCCAUGACGCCCGCUACCCUGAGGGAGGUGUUCGUCCACCGAGACGACCAGUCGGAUGGCGACGAUCACCACAAUCGAGGCGGCUUUCGACUCACGCACCUCCGCGAGGUGCUGGGCGACUCACAGGCCGCGGCGGCAAGCGCGAGGAGGCGGACCCUCGGCGAGCAGAUCCGGCAGACCUUUGCCAAGCAGCGCGAGCACUCCUCCGACGAGCCGCCCGAGGCGGUCUGCCUCGUUGCCCUCAUCUCCCGCAGCAGUUGA